AUGUCUGUGUCGGGGAAGAAGGAAUUUGACGUGAAGCAGAUCCUCAGGCUCCGCUGGCGCUGGUUCAGCCAUUCAUCCCAAGGUUCAGCUGGCGGUGGAGGUGGUAGUGUUGGCGGGGUGGGAGGCUAUAUCCAACAGGAUGGCCUGGACCACAGAGGGACGCCCACCCAGGGUCGGCUGAAGAGUCACUCACGGGAAAGAGGUGUUGGAGGACUACGGAAGACUAACAGCCCGGUCCACAGCAUCUUGGCACCAACACCAGGCCCCACGCCUGUCUAUGUCAGAGCAGGGCAUCAAUCAUGGCACCAUCAACAGAACACCAUCCAGGGUCUCCAGGUCAAUGAGGAGACUUCAAAGAGCAGUUCCUCACCCAGUGCCACAAGGAAAGAGGAUGCCAACACUGGCCAGGAAGAUGUGAAGAGCAGCAUAGAGGAACCUGCAGAGGUGGAGGCCAGAGAGAGGUUGGCUCUGAGCACCUUCUCCAGAAUGAACACUAACUCCUCAGAUGAGUUUUUCCAAGCCACAAAUCAUGCAGAGCAGACUUUCCGCAAGAUGGAGACCUACCUCCAGCACAAGCAGCUGUGUGAUGUCCUCUUGAUAGCAGGGGAUCACAAGAUACCAGCUCAUAGAUUGGUCCUGAGUGCUGUGUCAGACUACUUUGCUGCUAUGUUCACCAGCGAUGUGAGAGAGGCAAAGCAGGAGGAGAUCAAGAUGGAGGGAGUGGAUCCAGAGGCCCUCAGAUCUCUGGUUCAUUUUGCCUACACUGGUGUCCUUGAGCUGAAAGAGGAGACCAUUGAGAGUUUACUGGCGGCAGCUUGCCUUCUCCAGCUUUCACAAGUCAUCCAGGUUUGCUGUAACUUUCUGAUGAAGCAGCUUCAUCCCUCCAACUGCCUGGGAAUACGCUCCUUUGCAGACGCCCAGGGCUGUGUGGACCUACUCAAUGUGGCUCAUAACUACACCAUGGAACACUUCCUGGAGGUCAUUCAGAACCAGGAGUUCCUACUGCUCCCUACAGCUGAGAUUGUUAAGCUGCUCUCCAGUGAUGACAUCAAUGUCCCUGACGAGGAAACUAUCUUCCAGGCUUUGAUGAUGUGGGUGCGGUAUGAUGUCCAACAUCGACAACAGGACCUCGGGGUGCUUCUUGCCUACAUCCGCCUGCCUCUUCUUCCACCACAGCUCCUUGCAGAUCUGGAAAACAACAAGAUGUUCUCUGAUGAUCUGGAAUGCCAAAAGCUUCUGAUGGAGGCCAUGAAGUACCAUCUACUACCUGAGAGACGUCCAAUGUUUCAGAGCCCUAGAACCAAACCUAGAAAGUCCACUGUGGGUGCACUUUAUGCUGUAGGAGGGAUGGAUGCCACCAAAGGCUCUACCACCAUAGAAAAGUACGACCUGCGAACAAACACUUGGGUACAGGUUGGAGUCAUGAACGGACGUCGGCUGCAGUUUGGCGUGGCAGUGAUAGACAACAAGCUGUAUGUGGUCGGAGGGAGAGAUGGACUCAAGACGUCCAACAUGGUGGAGUGCUACAAUCCGAUCAAUAAAGUGUGGUCCACCAUGCCCCCCAUGUCAACACACAGACAUGGACUUGGCAUUGCUGUGCUGGAGGGCCCCAUGUAUGCUGUAGGAGGCCACGAUGGCUGGAGCUAUCUCAACACAGUAGAACGCUGGGACCCGCAGGCCAGACAGUGGAACUACGUGGCCAGUAUGUCGACACCACGGAGCACCAUGGGAGUCACAGCGCUCAAUGGAAAACUGUUUGCAGUAGGUGGGCGAGAUGGCAGCUCGUGUCUGAGGUCGAUGGAGUGCUUCGAUCCGCACACCAACAAGUGGAGCAUGUGUGCUCCUAUGGCCAAGAGGCGAGGCGGAGUGGGUGUGGCGACAUACAACAACUUCCUGUAUGCUGUUGGCGGACACGACGCCCCUGCAUCCAACCACUGUUCUAGACUCUCCGAUUGUGUUGAGAGGUAUGACCCAAAGACAGACAUGUGGACCACUGUAUCCUCUCUCAGCGUUCCCCGGGAUGCAGUGGGUGUGUGCCUGCUGGGUGACAGGCUGUAUGCCGUGGGUGGAUAUGAUGGCCAGUCGUACCUAAACACUGUUGAGUCCUACGAUGCACAGAACAACGAGUGGACUGAGGAGGUCCCUCUCAACAUUGGCAGGGCAGGCGCCUGUGUGGUGGUGGUGAAAUUGCCUUGAGCGUUUUGUCUCAUGACAGCAUGGGAAACAAAUGAGGGAGCGGCGAAGAAAAGUGGACAAACAAAACAACAGAUCAAGGACGCAUCCUUCGAGAGUCAUGUUUUUAUUUUUUAUUUUUCUCCUUAACUCUGCUCUGCAGAUUUUUCAGAGGGAAACACAGACAAAGCCUUGCCCGUAAACCAUUGUUUCUAUCAUUGGACAUGUCUGCGCACUGGGGAGGACUUGUUCAGACACUGGAAUGCACUGCACAUUCUCCACAUUCUCAACCGAUCAAGAAUUUUCAUAGACUUGGCUAAGCUGUAGCAAAUCAGUGCCAAGCCUUUGUUGUACUGGUUUGUCAUACUAGUUUUAUGAAAAGUUCUGUGUAUGUCUGUAAGAUUAAAUGUAAAAGUUACAUUUUGAGCAAAUAAGCUUAACUCCUGGUUAGUUUACAUUUAUACGCGAACAUUUCCUAUGAGUGCCAUCACAUACAGUAUAUUUUUGGGAUUGUAUUUCCCUUUAUAGCCACUCAAAUGAAAAUCGUUACAAUACAUUAAAUGAAACUAUGUACCAGUGUCUUUCCUUGGUGGGUGGUCUGAACAGAUUCUUACUCUUUAACGAAGAAGACCACUGUGGACACUGAGGCUGAUGAGUUUGCCCAGGCUGGUUUGGAGUUCAGGAAUGAAAUCAAACUUUUUGCUGAGUAAUAUAUUUGGACAUUUUCUUGAGUUAUUAAUAUUUUUCUUUUGUAUUGAGCCUGUAGCUACAGAACACCAAAGUCAUUUGCUUGUCUUAGAAUAAGUCUUGUUACGCAUUAAAUAAAGGUUUACAAAAUUGUGAAUUACAGAAAAUAUAUCAUAUUGAUAUUUCACAUUGCUGUACAGAUUUUUGUGAACUUUCUGAAACUACAUUUGUGUUGACAGAAUCAUGUCUGAACCAGUGCGCUGGUGACUGCAGUUGUUAUUCGUUUGGCUUUAUUUUGGGGCAUGCUAGCUGAGAUAAUGUUUCAUUUGAUUUAUACAAUAUUAUAAUAUCAUUUUCCUCUGUAUUUUGAAGGACUUAAUGCCUUCUUGGUCAUCUACAUCAUUUUCUGCAUACACACCUAAGCCAAUGGAUUAAAUCUGAACAAACAGCAAACCAUGGCUAAGUGGCACAAGGUGCACCCAAACCACCUAUCUGAGAGAAUUUUGAGUACUGUUUUACAUUUUUAUGCGCAGCACUUUUCCACAGCACUUCUCUAAUGUGACUCUGAUUAGAAUUUUUAGAUUUGCAGUCAGCUGUUGAGCUGCUCAUAAAAGUUAACAUUACUAACUUGUUCACAAUGAGAACUAUUUGUAAUUGUAAUUAUAACAUGUUUUUGGGGCCAAAUGUUACUUUUUAUGUUUUUAUCAUAAUUUUGUACAGCAUGCAAACCUAUAAAUAAAAUGACCUCAGUCUUCUCUGCAUGAUCAAAUCCAUGUUUAGAGCCGAAUGUGGCCCCUCAGUGGGCAUAUUUUGAUUUCUCUUGUUCUGCGUUAAGUAAACUCAACUCAUUCUCUCACGAAACAGACUUGGAAGCUACUUUGAUGUCAGAAUUAACCUCAGUUUGGUUGUCAUUGCAGCACCCACUUCUUAAAUCAAGCAAGCAUGUUUGUUGAUAUCGCUCUGGGUUUUCACUUUCUCAUCAGCAGACUGAAGACCAACUGCUAUUGCUUGCCUUUGUUUUUUUUUCAUUGUUUACCCUCCAAAUGGUUUCAAAGUCCCUCUACUCUCUUCUUGCUUGUUUGGUUAGAUUUCAACGGUUUUUGCAUACAAAAUACUGGCUUAUGUGUCCACAUGUACAGUUUUAAUUCAGAAACUUUAAGGUGUUUUUAGAGAACACAAAAUAUUAGACACGCAUUACAGCGAAUACCCUUUUGUACAAUCCAUAUCUCAGUUGACAUACAGAUUAAUUUCCUUCUCUAACUUUCUAUUUCUGUUUAUCUGUA